GACAGAUACAGAUGGAAAAAGACAUUUUUAUUCAAAUCAGAAUGAAGUUGUCAAUUUUGUCAGCAGUCCUCUUCUUUUCCAUUCUGUAAUAAUAUUAAUACAACAAGAAGAAAGCUCAACAGGUUGGUCGACUACUACCCAACUUACAGUCAAUACUUACCUACCUUAUUGCUGUUCAGCAGCACAAGAAACAACAAAUAUGGGUUUUAUGUGGACUCUUUAAAACCAUAGAUUUCAAGUUUUUUCGAUUUUUCAUUGAGACACAAAUAAGGGUAGUUGGGAACUACCUCUGUGAAGAGCAAAGGCUUUGGGCUGGUAACACGUGCACUCUCUCAUUUAAAGCCGUUAAUACUACUUAUUUCUUUCCUUCUUUCUAAACAAUACAAACUGCAAAAUCCUCUAGACUGGGUUUUGUUUGUUUCACUUUAAACGUUAUAAUGCUUGAAUGAUCAUACCAGAAGAGAUCAGAAAGAAAUCUGAUUUGGGUUUUUGAUUGUCUGGGUUUGUCUUUUUGUUUGCUCUUUCACGAGCAUGUCGGCGCUUCAAAACGGUGCAACCAUGGUGGAGAGUUGGCGAGGGAAUGGGACUGUAAAUGGAAUCAACUCGACUAGGAACCCAACUACUUUGUCCAAAAUAGAUGAUUUCUGCUUUGCUCUUGGAGGAUCACGGCCUAUUCACAGUAUCUUAAUUGCAAACAAUGGGAUGGCAGCUGUGAAAUUCAUCCGAAGUAUAAGAACGUGGGCAUAUGAAGCAUUUGGAACCGAGAAGGCAAUUUUGCUGGUUGCCAUGGCCACUCCAGAGGAUAUGAGAAUUAAUGCUGAACAUAUUAGAAUUGCUGACCAGUUUGUGGAAGUCCCAGGUGGAACUAACAACAAUAAUUAUGCUAAUGUUCAGCUCAUUGUGGAGAUGGCAGAGAUCACACAUGUAGAUGCUGUUUGGCCUGGAUGGGGCCAUGCAUCAGAGAACCCUGAGCUUCCUGAUGCUCUGACUGCAAAAGGAAUCAUAUUUUUGGGCCCCCCAGCUUCAUCAAUGGGAGCACUAGGAGAUAAGAUCGGUUCAUCACUGAUUGCCCAAGCAGCAGGAGUACCAACAGUCCCAUGGAGUGGUUCACAUGUCAAAAUUCCUCCACAAAGUUGCUUGGAUAACAUACCUGAAAACAUCUACCGUGAAGCCUGUGUUUAUACGACAGAAGAGGCUGUGGCAAGCUGUCAGGUGAUCGGUUAUCCUGCAAUGAUCAAGGCAUCUUGGGGUGGCGGUGGUAAAGGCAUAAGAAAGGUUCAUAAUGAUGAUGAAGUGAAGGCUUUGUUCAAGCAAGUGCAGGGAGAAGUUCCUGGAUCUCCAAUUUUUAUAAUGAAGGUUGCAUCACAGAGCCGGCAUUUAGAAGUCCAGUUAAUUUGCGAUCAACAUGGAAAUGUUGCAGCUUUACACAGCCGUGAUUGUAGUGUUCAGAGACGGCAUCAAAAGAUUAUUGAGGAAGGUCCAAUUACAGUAGCACCAAUGGAGACAGUAAAGAAGCUCGAGCAGGCAGCUCGAAGGCUUGCUAAAUGUGUGAACUAUGUUGGAGCUGCUACUGUGGAGUAUCUGUAUAGUAUGGACACUGGGGAGUACUAUUUCUUAGAGCUCAACCCGCGGUUACAGGUUGAGCAUCCUGUUACUGAGUGGAUAGCAGAGGUUAAUCUUCCAGCGGCUCAAGUUGCAGUGGGGAUGGGAAUUCCUCUCUGGCAAAUACCUGAAAUAAGGAGAUUUUAUGGAAUGGACCAUAAUGGUGGAUAUGAUGCUUGGAGGAGAACAUUGAGCGUUGCCACCCCUUUUGAUUUUGACAAAGCUGAGUCUGUUAGGCCAAAAGGUCAUUGUGUUGCUGUACGUGUAACAAGUGAAGACCCAGAUGAUGGUUUUAAGCCUACUGGUGGGAAAGUGCAGGAACUGAGUUUUAAAAGCAAGCCAAAUGCAUGGGCGUACUUCUCUGUUAAGUCUGGAGGAGGUAUUCAUGAGUUCUCGGAUUCUCAAUUUGGACAUGUAUUUGCAUUUGGGGAGUCGAGAGCCUUAGCUAUAGCUAAUAUGGUUCUUGGGCUAAAGGAAAUUCAUAUUCGUGGGGAAAUCCGUACAAAUGUCGAUUACACAAUAGAUCUUUUACAUGCUGCAGAAUAUAGAGACAACAAAAUCCACACUGGCUGGCUGGACAGUAGAAUUGCUAUGCGUGUUAGAGCUGAAAGACCUCCUUGGUACCUCUCAGUGGUCGGAGGGGCCCUUUAUAAAGCUUCAACCAGCAGCACGACAAUGGUAUCUGACUAUGUGGGCUAUCUUGAAAAGGGUCAAAUUCCACCCAAGCACAUCUCACUUGUCAAUUCUCAAGUUUCUUUGAACAUUGAAGGAAGCAAAUAUACGGUUGACAUGGUAAGGGGAGGACCAAGAAGCUAUAAGUUAAGGAUGAACCAGUCAGAGAUUGAAGCUGAAAUACAUAGCUUGCGUGAUGGUGGUCUGUUAAUGCAGUUGGAUGGAAGCAGUCAUGUGAUCUAUGCAGAGGAAGAGGCAGCUGGGACCCGCCUUCUAAUUGAUGGAAGGACUUGUUUGUUACAGAAUGAUCACGACCCAUCUAAGUUAGUGUCAGAAACACCAUGCAAGCUUCUCCGUUUUCUAGUCCCAGAUGGCAGUCAUGUUGAAGCUGAUAGUCCAUAUGCAGAGGUCGAGGUUAUGAAGAUGUGUAUGCCUCUUCUGUUACCUGCUUCAGGAAUUAUUCAUUUCAAGAUAUCUGAAGGCCAGCCGAUGCAGGCUGGUGAUCUUAUAGCAAGGCUUGAUCUGGAUGAUCCAACAGCUGUAAGAAAAGCCGAACCCUUUCACGGAAGUUUCCCUCUUUUGGGACCCCCAACUGCAGUUUCUGGGAGAGUUCAUCAGAGAUUGGCUGCAAGUUUAAAUGCUGCGCGGAUGAUUCUUGCCGGCUAUGAGCAUGACAUCAAUGAAGUUGUACAAGAUUUACUUAACUGCCUCGACAGUCCAGAGCUUCCUUUCCUUCAGUGGCAAGAGUGCAUGUCAGUUCUUGCAACCCGCCUUCCCAAAAAUCUCAGAGAUGAGUUGGACAUGAAAUACAAGGAGUACGAAGGAUUCUCAAGCUCUCUCAAAAAUAUUGACUUCCCAACCAAACUAUUGCGCAGUGUUCUCGAGUCUCAUAUGUUAGCUUGUCCUGAAAAAGAGAAAGCAAACCAAGAAAGGCUUAUUGAACCUCUGAUGAGUCUUGUUAAGUCUUACGAGGGUGGAAGAGAGAGUCAUGCCCGUGUGAUUGUCCACUCGCUUUUUGAGGAAUAUCUUUCAGUUGAAGAAUUAUUCAGUGACAAUAUCCAGGCUGAUGUAAUCGAACGUCUUCGACUUCAAUAUAAGAAAGAUCUUCUAAAGAUAGUGGACAUUGUGCUUUCUCGCCAGGGUGUCCGUAGCAAAAAUAAGCUAGUCUUGAGACUCAUGGAAGCACUGGUUUACCCUAAUCCUGCUGCAUACAGGGAGAAACUGAUCCGCUUCUCUGCUCUUAAUCAUACAAGUUACUCCGAGUUAGCACUAAAGGCAAGCCAAUUGCUCGAACAAACAAAACUGAGUGAACUCCGUUCGAACAUAGCUAGAAGCUUAUCAGAGUUAGAGAUGUUUACAGAGGAAGGUGAACAUCUUGAUACCCCAAGAAGAAAGAGUGCAAUCAAUGAAAGGAUGGAGGAUCUUGUAAGUACUCCUCUUGCAGUUGAAGAUGCUCUUGUGGGUCUGUUUGAUCACAGUGAUCAUACUCUACUAAGACGGGUUGUUGAGACUUAUAUUCGAAGACUUUACCAGCCGUACCUUGUGAAAGAAAGCGUCAGAAUGCAAUGGCAUAGAUCUGGUCUUAUAGCUUCAUGGGAGUUUUCUGAAGAACAUGUCGAAAGAAGGAAUGCUUCAGAAGAUGAAACAUCCACGAGUCUGAUGGUUGAGAAGCACACUGAGAGAAAAUGGGGUGCCAUGGUUAUUGUCAAAUCUCUUCGGUCCUUGCCAAUGGCAAUCAGUACUGUGUUGAAGGAAACUUCUCAUGGCUCUCGUGAGAUGAUGCCAAAAGGGUCCGCAGAAGCAGUUAGCAAUGGGAACAUGUUGCACAUUGCAUUGGUGGGCAUCAACAACCCGAUGAGUUCGCUUCAAGAUAGUGGCGACGAAGAUCAGGCUCAGGAAAGAAUAAAUAAAUUGGCCAAGAUCCUUAAAGAGCAACAAGUUGGUUCUGCUCUCCGAUCAGCCGGUGUUAAAGUAAUCAGCUGUAUCAUACAGAGGGAUGAGGGCCGGACUCCAACGAGGCAUUCCUUCCACUGGUCUCUUGAGAAUCUCCAUUAUGAAGAAGAACCUCUAAUGCGUCACUUGGAACCACCUCUAUCCAUAUUUCUUGAACUGGAAAAGCUAAAAGGGUACGAGAAAACACAGUAUACACCAUCCCGAGAUCGCCAAUGGCAUCUUUAUACUGUUGUGGACAGACCACAACCCAUCCAAAGGAUGUUUUUGAGAACCCUUGUUAGGCAACCAAAUGUAAAUGAAGGGUUCUGGACAUAUCAAGGUCUGGUAGUUGGUCAGGCACAAAAUCAACGAGCUUUGUCCUUUACGUCCAGAAGCAUCUUGAGGUCCAUGAUGGCUGCCCUUGAAGAAUUGGAAUUGCACGGGCAUAAUGCAACUGUCAGACCUGAUCAUGCCCAUAUGUAUCUUUACAUCUUAAGAGGACAGGAAAUGGAUGAUCUUGUGCCAUAUCCAAGGAGCAUUGACCUGGUGGAGGGCCAAGAAGAAGCUAUGGUCGCGAUGACUUUGCAAGAACUAGCACAUGAGAUUCAUGAGAAUGUUGGCGUGAGAAUGCACCGUUUAGGUGUUUGUGAGUGGGAAGUCAAGCUCCGGAUGCCGUCUGUAGGACUCGCCAGCGGAGCCUGGAGACUUGUUGUUACAAAUGUGACUGGGCACACCUGUACUGUACAUAUAUACCGAGAAGUAGAGGAUGCAAGCAGACAUGAAGUAGUCUAUCAUUCAGCCUUCUCUCCUGUCGGUCCUCUGCAUGGUGUUCCAGUGAAUGCUCGCUAUCAGCCUUUAGGAUUGCUCGCAAGGAAGCGGCUUGUGGCUAGAAAAAGCAAUACCACUUACUGCUAUGACUUUCCACUGGCAUUUGAGACUGCCUUGCGACAGUUGUGGGUGUCCCAAUCCCCGGGUAUAAAUAAACCUGAAGAGGAAGCUUGUGUUAAAGUCAAGGAGCUCAUGUUUGAAGACAAGGAAGGUUCUUGGGGCAGUCCUCUUGUUUCUGUCGAACGCCCACCUGCCCAAAACGAUAUUGGAAUGGUGGCAUGGAGUAUGGAAAUGUCUACUCCCGAGUUCCCCACUGGAAGGACCAUUCUGAUUGUAGCAAAUGAUGUGACCUUUAAAGCUGGUUCCUUUGGUCCAAGAGAGGAUGCAUUCUUCCUUGCAGUGAGCAACCUAGCUUGUGAAAAGAAAAUCCCUUUAAUUUAUCUGGCAGCAAACUCAGGUGCUCGUAUUGGGGUAGCUGAGGAGAUUAAAGCUUGCUUCAAAGUUGGAUGGUCCGACGAGUCAAGUCCUGAACGAGGAUUUCAGUACAUUUAUUUAACUCCUGAAGAUUAUGCAGAAGUCGGCUCUUCUGUGAUAGCACACGAAUUAAAGCUAGAAAGCGGUGAAACAAGAUGGGUCAUUGACACAAUCGUGGGUAAAGAGGAUGGAUUAGGGGUUGAGAACUUAACAGGAAGUGGAGCAAUUGCGGGUGCAUAUUCUAGGGCAUACAAGGAAACAUUUACCUUAACCUAUGUGACAGGUCGAACAGUUGGUAUUGGAGCUUAUCUGGCUCGUCUUGGUAUGCGGUGCAUCCAAAGGUUAGAUCAGCCUAUAAUUCUCACAGGUUUUUCUGCACUGAAUAAACUUCUUGGCAGGGAAGUAUAUAGUUCUCACAUGCAACUUGGAGGUCCUAAAAUCAUGGGAACCAAUGGGGUUGUCCAUUUGACUGUCUCAGAUGAUCUCGAAGGUGUUUCAGCUAUCUUGAAGUGGCUUAGCUAUGUCCCAUCAUGUGUAGGUGUCCCCCUACCCAUUUUGACCCCCUCAGAUCCUCCUCAAAGGCUUGUUGAGUACUUUCCGGAGAACUCAUGUGAUCCUCGAGCAGCUAUCUGUGGUCUUAAUGAUAGUAUGGGAAGAUGGCUUGGUGGAAUUUUCGAUAGAAAUAGCUUUGUCGAGACAUUAGAAGGUUGGGCUAGAACUGUUGUCACAGGUAGGGCAAAACUUGGGGGGAUCCCUGUAGGAAUUGUCGCUGUCGAAACACAAACUAUGAUGCAAGUUAUCCCAGCGGAUCCUGGUCAGCUUGAUUCUCAUGAGAGGGUUGUUCCUCAAGCAGGGCAAGUUUGGUUCCCUGAUUCUGCCAGUAAAACAUCUCAAGCUCUGUUAGAUUUUAACAGGGAAGAACUUCCACUUUUUAUAAUGGCCAAUUGGAGAGGAUUCUCUGGCGGACAGAGGGAUCUUUUCGAAGGUAUUCUUCAAGCGGGUUCCACUAUUGUUGAAAAUCUUCGAACGUACAAACAACCUGUGUUUGUUUACAUUCCUAUGAUGGGAGAGCUUCGUGGUGGAGCUUGGGUUGUUGUGGAUAGCAAAAUCAAUCCUGAUCAUAUCGAAAUGUACGCUGAAAAAACGGCCAAGGGGAAUGUUCUCGAACCAGAGGGAAUGAUUGAAAUUAAGUUUAGGACUAGGGAACUUUUGGAGUGCAUGGGUAGGCUUGAUCAGAAGCUGAUCUCUCUGAAAGCCAAACUCAAGGAAGCCAAGAGUAGUGGAGUUACAAACACCAUUGAGACCCUACGACAGCAGAUAAGAUCCCGCGAGAAACAGAUUUUACCUGUUUAUACUCAAAUUGCCACUCGAUUUGCUGAGUUGCAUGAUACUUCCUACAGGAUGGCAGCAAAAGGAGUAAUUAAAGAAGUUGUGGAUUGGAGCAACUCGAGAUCUUUCUUUUACAAGAGGUUAAACAGGAGAGUUGCAGAAGGAUCACUAGUUCGAACUGUGAUAAAUGCUGCUGGUGAUCGCCUUUGUCAUAAGUCGGCAUUGGAGUUGAUCAAGAAGUGGUUCCUCGAUUCCAAACCAGCUGAAGUGAGAGAAGACUCCUGGUUAGAUGACGAAGCUUUCUUCCAGUGGAAAGAUGAUGGGAAGAACUAUGAAGAACAGUUGCAAGAAUUGCGGGCAGAGAAAGUAAUGAUUCAGUUAUCUAAUCUUGGUGAAUCGGCAUCAGAUUUACAAGUUCUUCCUCAUGCUCUCACUAUGCUUCUAAGCAAGGUGGAAUCAUCAAAUCGGGUGAAAUUGAUUGAGGAGCUUCGGAAGGUGCUCGAAGCAUAGAGACAUAUUUUAGGAGCAAAGAUCUCGGGGGAUCACCAUCUCAUAGAGUAGUUAAUAUUUAUAUUUGUUAUGAUCAUCUGUAGAAUAAUUUCAGAACCGGUGAUAGAAUGAUCCGGUGGAAACAAUUUAACCUUUAAUAAUUUCUUGCACUGCGGUUUCUUACUAUCCAUUCUUUUAAUUCUGAACUUGUAAAUUCUGUUAUAUCAGCUUGGUAUAGAGAUUUAAAUAUCAUUCAUCCCUGUCCUCUCUUGUUCC